UUUUAUUAGUUACUGAAAAUACUCUACAGACUGAUGAUGUUUCCUGAAUCAAUUCCUCUCUUUUUGAUUGUUCUUGUGUUUAGUUCCUCAACUGAUUCAACUGAACCUUUAAUAAAAGUUCCCGAAACAGAACAAACUAAAUCUGAAGGAUCAUGUGUCACCAUCUCCUGUACUUAUGAUCAAACACAAGAUAAAAACUUGAAACUUCUCUGGUUUAAGAAUCCAGUAUAUGAUAAUGAUUUAAAAAUGUUUAUUGGGAGUAUUGUAUAUAGUAACACAGAUGAUCGUCCCCAGUCAGCAGGUUACUCGAGUAGAGUCGAAUACAUCACUGAUAAAACAGAAAACUCCACAAACUCUUGGAUAAAAUGUGAUUUAAGAAUCAAUGAUCUACAGAAGACAGACAGUGGGAAUUACAGCUUAAGAGUCAUUGGCUCAGACAAAUACAAAUACAUAAGCACACCUAUGAGUCUCACAGUUACAGACAAUCCUUGUAAGGUGAACAUUGAUUCAUCAGAGAUUAAGUAUUCAGUCAAAGAGUCAGAUGAAUUUACUGUUCGCUGUUCAACCUCUGUUUCCUGCUCAUCUCAUCCUGAGUGGAUUCUCCAUAAACCAGGAAGAAAUCCAGAAAUAGUGACGUCAUCAAAUAAUAGAUUCACACAGGAGAAAGAGGAAAAAGAAGGCAAAAAGAUCACCAGACUGAAAUUCAAUCCAAUGUAUAAUGAUGACAACAUGAUCUUGUCUUGUCGUCCAAAAGAAAGUCAGGACAGCUGCCUCACUAGAAAUGUCACUCUGUCUGUUGAAUGUGAGUGUGUGCUUUACUGUUAUAUAUCCUGUGUUUAUCUGAUACUGUCUAUUAUUCACAAAAUAAAUCAUAAAGUCCUGCACCUCUAGAGGUCGCUCUGAUGCCACCAUCUUAUGGUUCAAACAAGGGAGGGAAAUAUCACAAGUGGAAACUAGUUAAUGUUAAACCAGAAAACAGUGGAGAAUACUACUGCAAAGCUGAAAACAAGCAUGGAAAAGCAGAAUCAAA